AUGAAUCCAAAAGUUGAAAAUGGAGGUUCUCAGGAAGAUGGGGCAUCUGGUUGGGGUAAAUCUUUGCCAGUACCAAGCAUCCAGGAGAUAGUCAGGAAUGAUCCUGAAUCAGUUCCUGAAACAUAAGAGCACAAGGACAGGCCAUUGGUUUGUGAUUUCUCACCGGUUUCUGUCAAAAUUCCAGUCAUAGAUUUUUCGUCGUUAGCCAAAGGUGAGGAAGAUGAAAGAAGGAAAUUAGACCUUGCUUGCAAGGAGUGGGGAUUUUUUCAGCUAAAUCUGCAAAUCAAAAUGAUAAAUCAUGGGGUGGCAGAGGAGGUCCUGUAUAAGAUGAAGGCAGCCGUGGCUGCUUUCUUUGAACUUUCACCAGAAGAAAAAAAGAAGUACGCAAUGCCAGAAAAUGAUAUUCAUGGAUAUGGGCAAGCCUAUGUAGUCUCAGAUGAGCAGAAGCUCGAUUGGUGUGACAUAGUACUCUUAAUUACAUUCCCACCUGAGAUCAGGAACCUUAAGUUCUGGCCUGACACAUUACCAGGUUUCAAGGAGGCAGUGGAUAAGUACUCGAGAAGCGAGAAGGUUGCUGAUGAGAUCUGUGCCAACAUAUCACUUCUGAUGGGCAUGGCUAGAGAGGGCCUGAAAAGGUUUUAUGGCAAGACCAAACAAGCCAUGCGAAUGAACUCCUACCCACCUUGCUCAAGGCCUGAUCUUGUUGUUGGUAUUAGCCCUCACUCUGAUUCAGAUAUCAUAACCUUACUUCUGCAAGAUGAUGACAUUCCUGUUCUCCAAAUCAAGCACAAACAUAGAUGGUUUCUUGUUAAACCGAUUCCAAAUGCUAUUGUGGUAAAUGUUGGCGACGUUAUGGAGAUUCUAAGCAACGGUAUGUACAAAAGCAUAGAGCACAGAGCCAACACAAGUGACAAAAAAGCAAGAAUUUCGGUUGCAAACGCCAUGUUUCCAGAUCAUGAACUGGAAAUUUGUCAUUCGGAAUCAAUGGUGGAUGAUCACCAUUGUCCUAGGAUGUAUAGAAAAAGCCAGUAUGUUGAUUACCCGAGGUAA